AUGUUUAUGGAUAUGGUCUCGGCGACUGAUCGUGCCGAAUGGCAAAUAAUCGAAGAUAAAUUGUAUCAAGUUCGAUUCGAAUUCAAAUUAAAGGCGAAAUCUUCGAAUGCUACUAAUGGAGAUGAGAACAAUCAUAUUUAUUCAUCUGAUGAGGAUAAUGAUGCCUUUGAACGAUUCAAAAAUAUUCGCAGUCUUUGUGAUCAAUUUGCAUGGAAUGUAUUAAACAAUAAUUCACAUAUCUUUACAUUUACUACUUACAAGAUCUGGGGUAAAUUGGUUUGUUCAUUAAGCGAUAUUGAUCUCAAUUCAACUUAUGAACAUGUAUGUGAAUAUGGUUCGUAUUCUCUGUUGUACAAUGAAAUGGCAGAGAAUUAUCCUAUUUAUUAUUAA